CGGCAGCAGAAACGGAGACGCAAAAUCGGGGCCUACUACACCCCAACGAGCCUGGGCCUCGAGGACCUGUUGCGUGGAUACCCGGCCGAGCACACAGACACCUCCUGCACCCCGGACCCAUCCACAGCUCUGACUCAUAUGCCGGCAAUGGGUCGCCGAUCACAAAGGCCACAAGGUACGGCUGGGGGCAGGGAUAUUGGGACUAUGCUCCAAAAGCCUACCCAGCCCAAACCCAAACCAGCGGCAGAAACGCUGGAGGCUACCCAG